CCAUGGUCACAUGACCCGUGUGUUUUGGUGUUAGGAUCGUGGGUUUAUUGGCCUCUCCAGUUUUACCUCUAGUUAUACCUGGUUUGUUAGGAGACGCAGGUGUUAUCCAGGGUCUAUUUCACACUGACAAUACCUAUCACCUAUAACUUAGCAGUGAUGACUGGUGCAGACCAGAUAAAAGAACUGCUCAUUUGCAAAAAUCAAUGAAUUUCACCUAUAGAUUUUCCUUGGAUUUUCUGAUAAAAAUGGUUGUGACACCAUCACUGUGUGUGAUAGAGAGUGCUAUACGUCUGUUGUUGUGACGGGUGUAUAUAUAACAGGCUGCAGCACUGUGAUUGGUAGAUUCACUGACAUAUGGGGUACGUACGGUAUAUAUACAAAGGAACCAGAGUUGUCUCUUUACCACAGCUAUUUGAAAUACAGCAUUGUCAUGGUCGUAUAAGUGUCUCUCAAGUUGUCUAACAUAUCGUACUAGUGUGUCGACGUACUAGUGUGUCGUAAGGACGUCUUUGUCGGUAUUUAUUUGACCAGCUUAUGGUUUAGUUCGGCCUGGGACACUUGGAGGAUACAGUAUUGACGCUGGACAGGAGAUGCUGCAUAGCUACAUAUACCCAGAUUCUACAAAGGACAUACGUAUAUAUACAAUCUAUGGAUGUGCGACCCUAUUUAUUUGACCAGCGUAUAUAUACAAUCUAUGGAUGUUCGACCCUAUUUAUUUGACCAGCGUAUAUAUACAAUCUAUGGAUGUGGGACCCUAUUUAUUUGACCAGCUGAUUGACAAUACAUAGCUAUACCCUGCCUACCUAGGACAUUUGUAUACAUUCUGCGGAUGAGGGACCUUAUUGUAGGUAGUUAUUUGAACAGCUGAUGGACAUACAAAUUAAAGCUAGCCUAUACCUAUACCCGGUUUUAACACUGAUGUGGGGCCUAACAACACUUGUCAAUCGGUCUCAUUGUAAGUAAAUUACUGGUCUUUACCUUUAGAAGAAACUCACAACCAGGUGGGAUAUCCGGACUUUAUAAUCCUACCAUUAUUACUUAGCAGGUGGUGCUGUCAUUCUGUGUGUGUAUUCCCAGGAGUUAUUCAAUAUUAUAGUGUUGGUGGAUAUUAUUACAGGGACACGACUUUUCACAGUUAUUCUAGUUGUGUUUUAAUACCCAUUACUCCAGUGACUGAGGAUGUAUAACCGGAUUUAAUAUCGACCCUGCAUAGCAGCCUAAUGUAAGCAGUGUAAAUCAAUAGGGGAUAUAUACCAGACAAACUGGAAUGUUUUCACCAAAGUUUGAAAGAAGUCAGUGUGUAAGUAAAUUCAUAGAUAUUUUUUUCAUUUUGAGAAAAAGUUAACUGUUGAUUUGUCAGCUAUAGGUAGGUGUAUAUACUGAUAUUACGAUAAAGUGACAGUUAUUAUAGAAAGUUUUCUGUACUCCAGUAUAUAUAAGUGAUAGGUUAUCAGGACCGUUAUCCAGGCAGAUAUUAUAUUGUACUGUGGCCAGUCAGACACUGUAGGGUAUGUGUUGAUGUUGACCCCAGCUGGGCUGAUACAACCCUAAAGAAUGUUCACUAAAUUUGAUACUUUAUUGGCUUGGCAAGAGCUUAAACUGGAGGUGUCUAAUGAGUGCCUGCUGUGGGGAGGGGUGAGAGAUAAGUAACUGACCACACUGGUCAUCUCAGAUAAUGGUCAACUUUAACAUCCUGGUGGUCAGUUCAGCUGCUGUGGCUGAGGGUACAUAGUGACCAGUGAGGACCGCCUCCAGCUGAGGACUACUACAGUUUCUGUAAGUUUGAUUUGUACAACAGAUAAGUGGUGCCAUUGACUUUGGGACAAAAGGGACAGAGGGUUUGAGUUCCACCCUUGGAUAUCUGCUUGUUAUGAAGUUUUUCUGACAUUGCUCCAUCAACAGUAGGAGGAGGAUGUUCACACAGCUGUCCCCCGGCCAUACAACAUGAGGAUUCCCAUAAAAUCACACGGCGGCCAAACAAACUAAGGGAUUUAGUAUUGAAUCUGUCAGACUUACAUAUAAUAUCAGUGGGAGGUUUAAACAGUUCUACAGGAAUACAUCUAGAACCUCAACGCUGUAUUAAAUAGUGUAUGUUUGAGUGUAUCUGUUGAUAUAUACUACUUUUAUCAGCUAACAUUCAGUAAGAAAAAAAAUCUACAUCAGAGUGUGUUUAUUUAAGAAGCUGUCUAUAUGGCGUACCAAUUCAACUUUUGAAAAGUUUAGGGAGGACAUCAUUUUGAUCUAGGUCAUCACCAAGCUUUUGAAUCAAGCAUCUGAAUCAAGACUGUGAUUGUCUUCAUAGUGCUUGGCAAGCUACCAAACUUAUCGGAUGCAGAUAGUUAUCAAAUUAUCUUAAUUACUCCACAACAAAUUGUGAAUACCACUGUAGGGAAGAUACUUUUAAAAACUUUGCUGAAAGACACUGUUGUGAUGACGGAGAAGGAGUGUUAAAACAAGAUAAUACUUGGUAACAGACAGACGAGGAUUACACAUCAUUGCUCGACACGUCUGUCCCAAUGUACAUCUGUGUCACGGGAAACAAUGGCUUCAAAGCACAACUUGAGGAGACAAUUCGAGCACGGUUUGAGGCUAAGGAAGAGGCCCUAAGCGAGUAUGGGAGGGUAACAUUGAAAUGUGUCACAACCUCGAGGAACGGUGAUGACCUCCUGAGACAGAAGUCACGGUCUAGGUCAGUAGGCGGGUCACCGCUGGAGUCUCCAAGGACUAGCAAGCUUGUGAAUCAGGGAGGGAACAUUACACAGGGCAACCGUUGUCAACGACAACGAUCAUUACGGAGAACAGAGGAUGAGGUGAAAAAGUCAAGAUCACAGUCGGUAGCGUAUGAACUGUCACAGGACCUCCAGGAGAAACAGGUGGAGAUGUUAGAAAGGAAAUACGGAGGUUCUAUAAGAUCUCGGCGUGCCGCAAAAACUAUUCAGAGGGCUUUCAGGCAGUAUUGUAUGAAUAGAAACUUUGAGAAACUGAGGAUAGCUGUAGGUGAGCGAAGGUUAUCGAAGCGUCUCUCAGAACUAGGUCGCAGUAACACAAUAUGGACAGACAGAAUUAGUGCUGAUAGUCAUUAUAACAGCAGUAUGGGUGCUACGUUAAUACAAAAUAACGGUGAUAUACAGAGACACACGGACACCAACCAGGAACCAGGCGGUAAGUACAUAUCAAAUUACGAUGCAACAGGAUACAGGGAACAUCAGAAAAUGAAACAUCAAAUGUCUCUAGAUCCAAAUAUGAAAUUCGAUCCAAAUCGAGUGAAACUACCCAGAAAGGAUCGUAAACGUUUGGAACGGUGUACAGAGGUUUUGGAUCAGCCCGAUAUACCACAGGAGGAGAAAUCACAUCUUAAGGAUGAGACAAACAAUAAUCGGAAUUCGUAUCCGGAGAUGAAUGACAGUAGUAACAGUGAGUCUCCCCAGAACUCAGUUGAUCUACAUAGUUUUCACUUUGAGACGCUGUUAGAGGGUAAGGAGACGGAUAUAUUAGUGGACAGUUUUCAAAGUGAUGGUGCCAUUCACAGUGUCCAUAGUGAACCAAUGUUACAUCCGGAUUUAGCGUCAAAUUUAGGAAUUUCCCAAAAGCCUUCCACCUCAUCAUUGUACUCCAACACAAGUACCGACACCUACGAUAGUGCUAAAAGUCGUAGUGCUUCUUAUGAAAACUUUCGAACCAAUUAUUCUGACUCAGGGUCGCUUGGUAGUCAAGGUGACAUUCAGAUCAAAGUAGAACAGUUGUCACCAGACGGAAUUCGAACACAGGAACAGAAACAAAUGGCGGACCAGACAUUAAAGUAUUAUAUGAACCAAGAAGUCAAAAUGCGGGGUAAAAAUGAGGGAAGUGCUAAAAAACCACCCGUGGUGCCCGCACGGGCUCCAGAAGCGUCUCCAAUAUGGAAACGAAAAUGUGCUACGAACGGGGGACCUGGUGCCGUAACCCCGCCACAAAAAACACUCGAACCAAAACGUAUGAGUAACAUAUCAGAAAUGAGUGAAGCAGAUUCACUCGAUGGACGAUGUUCUAGUUCGCCAAGUUCGGAAAAUGUGAGUCUGGGUGGUGACAGCAAUGUAGGUUAUCAGAAACGUAUGAGACUCAGUAUGACUCCCGAUCAUCAACAUGUGAUGCCAAAGACUGCCGACAAACACAGAAAACGUACCUACAGAAUCGGAUUAAAUCUCUUCAACAAAAAACCUGAGAAAGGCGUCAAGUUCCUGUGUGAGUAUGGCUUCAUUGACGAGUCACCACAUGUGGUAGCCCGCUUUCUGAUCACACGGAAAGGACUGAGUAAACAGAUGAUUGGUGAAUACCUGGGGAACCUUCAGAACGAAUUCAACAUGGAAGUUCUUCAUUACUUUGCUCAAGAGAUUGACUUGGCUGGUCUACAGGUGGACAUGGCGCUGCGGAAAUACCAGGCCUGUUUUAGGAUGCCUGGAGAAGCUCAGAAGAUUGAAAGACUCAUGGAGGCAUUUGCAUCAAGAUACUGUGUUUGCAACCCAGAUCAAGUCAAGAAUUUCAAAAACCUAGAUGUUGUGUUCCUUCUGGCCUUUGCUAUCAUCAUGCUCAACACAGACUUGCACAACUCCAAUAUUAAGGCAGAGCGCAGGAUGAAGGUGGAAGACUUCAUCAAAAAUUUACGAGGUAUAGACGAUGGAGAUGACGUAGAUCGUGACAUGCUGGUCGGAAUCUACGAGAGGAUAAGCCAUUCGGAGCUACGUCCAGGUGUCGACCACGUUACCCAGGUGAUGAAGGUGGAACAGACCAUCGUCGGCAAGAGACCACAACUGGCCCUAUCCCACAGGCGACUGGUUUGUUACUGCCGACUGUACGAGGUACACGACCCGCAGAAGAAGGAGAAGGUUGGCCUUCACCAGAGGGAAGUAUUCCUCUUCAACGACAUUAUCUUUGUAACAAAAAUCUUCAGUAAAAAGAAGACUGGUAUAACAUAUGCAUUUAAGCAAUCCUUCUCUCUAUGUGGUAUGCAGGUAUUCCUGUUUGAGACUCCACAUUAUCAAUACGGUGUGCGGUUAAACAACAGCCUAGAUGGAAAAGUAUUUAUGACAUUCAAUGCCAGGAAUGACCAUGACCGGCAAAAGUUUGUGGAAGACCUUAAGGAAGCCAUCUUAGAGUCCAAUGGAAUGGAGCAGUACCGAAUUGAGGAAGAGCUACAGCGCCAUAGAGCCAAAAACAACACCAUUGACCGUCACUACGCCAACGACGACUCCCGGGUACUAAUGUACGAACUCUCGAAGCCAUCUGAUCCUACCUUAAAUAGGUUGUCUGCCCCUGAAUGUGGUGGCUUGAAGAAGCUCCCCCUAUCCAACUCUCUCACUGACUUAUGCGAAGCUCCAGGGAUGAGGAGAGGUAGUAGUGGAGGAUCCCUGGACAGCGGUGUGGCAUCAGGAAGCUCUGGCGGAGUCAACAGUAGCGGAGAAUCUCUAGGGACCCAGAAUCUGCAGCGUUCACCGGCCUCCCGGGCAGUGUAUCUAACACCACCGGAGAACCGAGGAGUUCGACCAAGACACCCGAAAACCUCAGCCGUCUAUCUUCAGGGGCGUAGCUCAGUCCCAGAAGGCACGGAAGUAUGAGUGGUCUCCCUUUGUCCUCCACAAGACAACAUAAGACGAAGGAUAUUGGCCCACUUGUUUCUUAAUUUCUUUAAUCCCAGAGACAUUUUAGCAAACAAGGCUGACUACUUGAUUGAUGAGGGUGUAGCUGACUACCCUGGUAUCAGAACUUCGUUUAAGAAGUCCAGGCCAAGGUGGACUGCCACAGGCAAUGCUGAUACCUGUGAUUUGUGUCAAUGAACCAGCUUAGUUUGGUUACCUCAUCAUUGAAUCAGGCAGAACAUUUAAACAGUAUUGUUCCAUUAAAAACCUUCGUCAUGUUUUCACUAUGAAACAAACUAGUUAGAAAAGUUUAACAGUUUCCUUCUUGCCCAGAUAAUUGUUAUAGCAAAUAAUACAAAAUUAGGAGUUAGAUCAUAAAUAAAAAAAUCUUCCAACCUUCCAUUUUAACCUGUGUACUUUUGAAAGUUUAAGCUAUGAUUCAAAAUCCCAUGCUUUACAAGAGACAUAUUCAAAUAUUGUAACUUUUUAAAAAGUUAUUCAAAAAAUAAUUAAAACAUGAAACUAGCUGUCUCUGUGAUAUGUCUCAGCACUUUUACUUCAAUAUAAACUAAACUGUUGAUAUUGAAAACAUUUGUCAAAUAUCUGAUCAACUUUUUUGAAAAUUAAAGCAAUACAUUUAAAGGUUUUGGGUCGGGUAUUUCAGUGAAGGGUUCACAGUCAGUAGGGAUUUAUGCAGCAGUGAAACCACAGUCUAUCAUAAAGAAAGAGGUAAAAUCAAAAUGUAUCACUGGAAGAAUCUAGGGUGUUGCCAAAUUGGGACCAUGGUCCAGUAAAAGAAUUGGGGGUAAUUUUUAAAAAAAGACUACUCCUCAAAUAGAAGUUGAAAGUUUUUGAUUUAAUGAUAUGUGAAACAUGACCUUGGGUAAAGGGGAUUAAAAUUGUGUGAAUUGCAUUGGAGCAGGUGUGGCCCAAUAUUGAUGGCUGUUCUACAGACUGCUGGUUUGAUAAGGAGCAGGUGUGGCCCAAUAUGGAUGGCUGUUCUACAGACUGCUGGUUAAAUAAGGAGCAGGUGUGGCCCAAUAUGGAUGGCUGUUCUACAGACUGCUGGUUUAAUAAGGAGCAGGUGUGGCCCAAUAUGAAUGGCUGUUCUACAGACUGCUGGUUUAAUCAAAUGGACAGAUUAUACCUUUGUUUUUUGUAAUGCACAUACAUGGGAGAUGUAAAAAGUACAGUCCUUGGGGAUGAAGGGACUGGGUUUAAUAUUGAAAUGGGGGUUAAUCUUAAAAUUAAAAUGACUACUCCUUAAAAUGGGUGAACAGGUUUUAAAUAGAUAUAGUAUGAAGAAUUCCUUGAAAGUCUAUUCCUAUAGAGUAGUUUGAAAGAUUUGUACUAGAAUUGCAGGAACAUGCAUAUUAUAUAAUGAAUAAUGAAUGUAUUGUUUCAUUUUAAGCCUGUUCUCAGCUUGUCAAAUAUUUAAAUUGUUCUUUUAAAUUAUAUAUGAGAUAUAAAUAAAAUCCAGGUGAGCUAUACUGGCCCAUGGGCCUUUUGUUUGAAAUGAUGUAGCAAUAUUCUUAUGUAAAUUAAUGAUAUCAAUGAUCCUAUUUAUGUAUCUACAAAGAAUUGUAGUUGGUAUAGCAGAUACACAUGUGAUGUAGUUUUAGAUUGUAGACACCUACUACUGAUGGUACCUGUUUCUCAGCAAAGCUGUUGUGUUGUGUGUGAUGACAUUGAUGAAUACAGGCAAGUUGCCUGUGUUUAUGUUUUGUAUUGUCUGUAAUUAUGAUGUUGAUUACAGGUGUGUUUGCGUGUUUGGUAUAGUAAUGUAAAACCACAGGUGCUGGAAUAAGUUGGCUCCUCUCAUCUUAACUCACUCACCCCGGAAGACACAUUUGAACUCUUCCAAUUCAAAAACUUAAAUAAUUCAUUAUGAAAUUUAAGGGGUUAAUAGUGUUAUUUUAUUGCCACAGGGGUAUAUAUUGAGAAAGUCCCAGUUUUUGAGACGACUGAUUUUUUUUAUCAUGUAAAAAUAAAUUAUUUUGGCCUGUAUCAUUGUUGAGCUUAGUACACAGAGAAAUGUCCACAGUUUAAAUGCAUAACGUAAUGUGGAUAAUGUGAUGAAGCACUUUACGACAGGCGGUAUAAUGUUACGCCUCUGUGUAAAAAUUCAUGAUUUUCUGUGCAAGGCAGUGCUUUAUCUACAUAUGUAUUUUGAAAACUCUGACAAUAUUUGUGUCAACUCCUGCUCAGUUCAGAGAUAUUUUUUCGGGGAAGGGGUCAAUUUAUUCAAACACAUGCGCGUAAAAUUCAACUUGACCGACAUCAUGUCAAACAUUACCGGAUGUCCUAACGUGUCUAUAAAGUCUGGUCUCACUACACGAGUGUUUACCUGUCUUUUGUGUGUAUCUGUUGAUGUAUUGAGUUGCUGUUAUUGGCUGGGUACAUUGUACUGCAUUUUGCUAUGUUCACGAUUUAAAUGAACUAUUGAAUAGUUUCAUAGCUAGUACGCUACGUAACAACUUCACUGAAGUGGAGGUGCACACAGAUUUAAUACCCGCGUUAGCAGUCCCUGAACAAUGAAUAGUAGCCCCAUAAAAUGAGGCAAGUAAUAUGUUAUUGAGGUGUAAAAUAUGUGGUAAACAAUUCUGUGACAUAACUUAUUCUGUACAUAGGUAUGAAGUGUUCCUACAAAUUUGAAAUAUGUGUAGAGUGAGAAAAUAAGGGGAGGAAACUCAUACAAUUAUAAUCAAGGAACAAUGUUCACACUUAGGACUAGUUAUAGUACACAAAUCAUUCUGUGUAGGAAGACUUUUUUGAAGUAUUACUUGUGCUUUGUAGUUACUUAUAGCUUUACAGAAAGUUAAGUAUAGUAUACUCUGUCAAAACUGGACUCUGUCCAUUCCAGAUUUUUGUCUGAACUGGCCCAAGGAUUUGGUUCCAACAAUGAUAUCGUAAAACUAGUGGACUACACAAUCCAGAAGUCUCUGCAAACCGGCCGAAUUGUAAGGUUCCAGGGGUUUCUAGUUUUUACAGAGUACGCUUUAUAUUUGUCGAGUCCGAGAACAAGUCAGCUGUACUUGUUUACGAUUAACUGUAAUACUGUGAUACACAAUCACCCUAGGUCUCCUGUACUUGAUAUCCAGACAAACUAUAAGUCCCAAAACAACUGUAUCAAAUAAAUAAAUGAAAUAUUCAAACUGCACGGCGGACAACAUCGAUCAUUUUAAUUUUCUGUAAAGCUUUAAGUAACUAGUCCCUGUGCUAAUAGUGACCUUACAAGUUAGGAUGUAUACGGAACUGAUGGGUUAUUGAAUUCCUGCACAAUAAGUUAAUAAACGAAGCAGGAGGUGUGUGUAUGUAUUUAGUGAGGUGAUAAACCUCUGUGUGUUUCGUGAUCAUGUUGUAAGUAUCUUUGGGCUCGUGCAACCAAACUUAUACCCAGUAAAAAGGAAAAUGUAAAAUAUUAUAAAUUAUGUACAUUGUAUUGAUUCAUUUCAACUUGAAAUGACAAAUGUGUGAUAUGUGUUGGUGUGAAAGCAAAAUAUAAGACCAAAAUUAUGUGAGCAAUAGUAUUGUUUUUUUCACCAUAUAUAAGGAUAUCACGUAAUGUUACUUGGUGAGCAUCAUACAACAAAUGAAAUGAAUUCAUGGUAACUUAAAAAAAUAAACAAGAAACAAAUCCUA